UCCACUGAGACCUGAGACGCUGUUGUCAGUUUCAACAAAAUGGCUGCGCGAGCGCCACAAACGAAAACCCAGUGAACGCUUCACGUCAGUGCAGUAUCCUUUUAAAUGGAUGCACUGGAAUUUCCCCACCUUUUGAGCAUCGGGACAUUUAACUCGCGUGGACUCUGUUACACACGUAUUUGCGAACUAAAGGCAUGCUGAUAUAUUCCCUUUAAGCACUUUACGUUAUAUACAUCCAAAAGCAUACAAAAGCUCGAGCUGCCGGUGCGCGCGCGCGUCUGUGUGGGUGUAGCUGCUCCUGAGUGAGGAUCGCCGAAAUGUUACAGCUGAUCAACCCUGAUCUUGCUUGCUGACGUGCAAAACUGCCGUUUAAUGUCCUUCUUAUUGUUUGCACUGGUAUUUCAGAGUUACCCCCUCCCUGGACAAAUUCCACUGCAUAAUGAGAGGUGAAUUUCUCAACUGGAAAGUCAGGCUCGCCAUUGCAGCUCAGUGCAAGAGUGAGUGUCUGACUGCGUCUGAAUAGGAUCUGAUCUGUGUGUCAGACAACAUCCUCCUUCACCAUGCAGCUCCUGCAUCACAUUUGAACAGCAGACCGCAGGUGCUCCGUGUGCGGAAUAAAGCCUUGGCACAAAACACGUCACACAAGAGUAGAACCAUUUGAUGGAAGAAAAGAAAAAGAAAAAGCAAGAGGAAAAGAAAAAGAAAGAAGCUGCUCAGAAAAAGGCUGCUGAACAGAAAACCAAAGUGCCAGACUCUGCCAAGCCCAGCCCCACCCCUCCUCCCCCCACCAGCCCGUCCGUGCCCUCAGCCAGCAACAGCACUGGUGGAAAUGGCAAGCGCGCACCCUCCAGUAACCAACAGCAGCAGCAGCCGGCAGCCCCUCGCUACCCGCCCCGAGAGGUGCCCCCUCGUUUCCGUCAACACGAACACAAGCAGCUACUGAAGCGGGGCCAACCUCUGCCCGCCGGAAGUACGGCUCUAGUGCAGCCAGUGUCCGCCAACCCUACGUCUCAGCUCUUCUCCUGCCAGACCCACCCAGAGCUGCCCCCACAGAGUGGCCUGGCCGCCCAGUAUGAGAAUAUAUCCCCCAGUCGCAGUGCCACUACAGCCUCUACCAAUAGCUGCAGCAGCUGGGAUCCACUGAUUAUUGACGAGUGCGAUACGGAGGCGUGGCCUUCCAUUUCAUGCAAAGAAAGCCACGCCCCUGCAGGAUGCCCCUUGGACACUGAAAGUAUCAGUGACAUCAGCAGCAUGAGCAUGGCCACAGGAGCUGGCCAGCAAGGCCAUUUCUCCACCAAUCACCCCAGCAAAGCCAAUCCAAGCCACUCAGGAGGUCUACUCUCCAGUCAAGGUGGGGCCAGCAGAGGCUGGGGCUCAGGCCCAUCUCUUGCCAGUGGAGGAGAAGGGAAGAAUGAAGUCUCCAGCCCAUCAGGGGGAACCAGGGGUUGGGGCUCCUCCAACUUUAACUUGAACUUAAACCCCAAUGCUAACCCCUCUGCCUGGCCAGUUCUGGGACAUGAAGGGAACGGCGUAGGUGGCGGCAGCUCUGGAGGAAGCAACCCUCCUCCUAAUAUCUGUAGCCCACCAGGCACUCUGCCCAGUCAGGGCCCUAGCAGCAGUGGCAGUAUAGGUGGUGCCAAUGGAAAUUCUGCAGGUAAUGGUGGCAGUGGCAAUGGCAGCACCACAUGGGGUAGCUUUGUGCCCAGUGACUCCUCAGAGCCACACUCCACCCCAUCCACGAAUGUGUCUUUCAGCUCCGAACCUCAGAACCUUAACACUGAUGGACCAAAUCACACUAAGCAAGAGCCCAGAAGCCCUGGCCACAGCCUGGCUAACUGGGGGGUUGGGACUUCAUGCAUGGGCUCAUUUGUUCAAAAUCCAGGAGGAGCCUCACAGGUCAAUGGGGAUGAAGAACCUGUUUGGGGUAAUGGAGAUGCCAAGUCUGGUAGUGGCUCAAAAGACUCUGGUUGGGACUCAGGGAGCAGCUGGGGACAAGGAGGGACCUCAGGCACUUCUGAUUGGGGACAAGCUGCCUCAACUGGAGACUGGGGUAAGCAUUCCAACAAUGAGCCCAAAGGAUGGGAUUCUUCAAGCUCUCCCACCCAAGAGCAGAAUCUCAAUUCUUGGGUCCAUGGGGCCAAAGCCCCAGCCAGUGAGGGAAGCAGUGAUAGCAUGGAAUGCCAUCCUUGUAGGAGGGUCUGUUCAUCAAUAGAUGAGGCUUCCCCUAUUCUGCCUGCCCAGGAUAUGGACCCUCGGGUUCUGUGUAACACUGGCUGGGGACAAACACCAGUGCGUCAGCACACUACUUGGGAGACCGAAGAAGCUGCACGCUCCAACUGUAAGAAUGACAUUGGAACUGAAGCCUGGGGCUCAUCCUCAAAUGCAGCCAAUGUAGGACCAACACCAACAUCUGGCAGUGCCAACCCCAACUCUGGCACUACAUCCAGACCAGACUCUGGGGGCAAGAAUGAGGGCCCCUGCCCCAGUACUGGAGCUGGGCCUGGAUGGGGCACAGCCAUGCCGUCACCCCAGGCUAGCUCUGGUUGGGCUGAUCCUACCAGCAACAAAAAACCUUCAAGUAGUCCUGGAAGUUGGAGCUGUACCCCAGCUGGAGGUUCAAGUGGCAACCUGAAGAAAAGUGGUCAGACUUGGGGUUCAGAGGAGAAGUCUCCUACCUGGGAAGACAGUCAUGCUAAAGCCAAACCACAGGGCUGGACUGAGGGGCCCAACCAUUCUCAUGGAUGGAACAAGGGACCUGGUGGAGAAAACAGGUCUGGUGGAGAAUGGGGUGAACCUGGAGAUGAAAAGAAAAAUAGUCCCUCCAGCUCGACCUGGGAUGGAGAGGGUACUGGCCGUAAUGAGGGUUCCAGAGGAUGGGGCAAGCCUGCCCCGGGUGCAGGAGGAAACUGGGGAGAUGCACAACAACCCAGUAUGCCAUCACAAGGAUGGAAUAACAAGCCUCAGGAGGGCACCAAUGGCAGUUGUGGCAGUGGAAGCAUGGGUUCUUGGGGAGGUCCUAGCUCUGUAAAACAGAGUGGCUCUGGAUGGUGUGGAGGAAAAGGUGGAGGUGUUAAACCUGACCAUAUUGGAGAGCCCACUGGAUGGGAUGAGCCCUCUCCACACUCCAUCCACCGUAAAAUGGAGAUUGAUGACGGUACCUCAGCUUGGGGUGACCCAAGCAGUUACAAUAAAACAGUCAAUCUCUGGGACAGGAAUAACCCUGUGAUACAAGGCAAACCAGGACCUGGCAAUGCCAACAAUGUACCCAACAACCAUCAUCAUCAUCCCCACCAUAACCAGCCUCCCGUGCAGAUUCACAGUCAUGGAGGGUCAAAUUCAAACAAUAAUCACAUUUCUCCUGAUAACGUUGGCCCACAUCCAACAGGGCCACCUCACAAUAGAACAACCCUCAUGAAUCCAGGAUGGGGCGAGAUGACAAAUGUCCAUUCUAAACCUGAGCCCUCAUGGGGAGAGCCAGCCACCCCUGCAGUAAGUGUGGACAAUGGCACUUCAGCAUGGGGUAAACCCUCAGGUGGCUGGGGUGAUAAUGGCCCGGAGGUCUAUGGUCGAAGCAGUGGACCUCCUGGAUCUGCCCCCUGCAAACCUGCCCCCAAAUCUAUGCAAGAUGGCUGGGGUGGUGGAGAGGACAUGGGCCUGUCUGCAGGGCAGUGGGAGCAGGAUGAGGGUGACAUGUGGAAUAGCACUGCAUCUCAAGAGAGCAACUCCUCCUGCAACUCCUGGGGUAACCCACCCAAAAAGGGCCCACCAAAGGGAAAAAUCCCAAACAAACAGGAUGAUACUUGGAUAAUGAAUCGUCUUAUCAAGCAGCUGACUGACAUGGGCUUCCCUAGGGACCCUGCAGAAGAGGCUCUCAAGAGCAACAACAUGAACUUGGAUCAGGCCAUGAGUGCCCUGUUGGAGAAGAAGACCGAACUAGAUAAACGGGGGAUGGGAAUCUCUGAUUAUAACAACGGCCUAGUCAAUAAACCAAUGGGCUGCAGGCCUUCAGUCAUCUCCAAAGAAUCCUCCUCAGAUCGUCCCCCCUUCUUGGACAAGGAUGCUGGGCUAGCAGAUGAUGCCCAAACCUCACCGUUUAUGCCUUCUCCGAGCCUGAAGCUCCCAUUGGGUAGUGCUGCACUCUCUGGCCAGAGCCUUGGAGUUGCAAUGCAAAACUUGAACAACAGACAGAUGCAGAGUGGAGUGUUUGGUAGUAGCGGAGCAGCACAAGCCCGGGCCCUGCAGCAGCAGCCUCCUCCCCAGCCAUCAGUGCCACCUCUCAACUCGUCCCAGCCUAGUCUACGUGCUCAAGUGCCUCAGUUUUUCAGCCCUCAGGUUCAAGCACAGCUUUUACAGUUCGCAGCAAAAAACAUUGGUCUCAACCCUGCACUUUUAACCUCACCAAUAAACCCUCAGCAUAUGACCCUGUUGAACCAACUUUAUCAGCUGCAACUGGCGUACCAGCGUUUACAAAUUCAGCAGCAGAUGUUGCAGGCACAGCGCAGUGUUUCUGGCCCCAUCCGACAGCAAGAGCAGCAAGUUGCACGUACAAUCAAUAACAUGCAGCAACAGAUCCAGCAGCACCAGCGGCAGCUGGCUCAGGCUCUGCUGAUGAAACAACAGCAGCAGCAGCAGCAGCAGCCACCCACCUCACACCCGGGCCUGCAUCCCAGUGCAGGCAAAUCAGCUCUGGACCUAUUUCCAGCCCACCCCCAGGCCUCCAGCCUCUCUGUUUCCGACCUUCAGACCAAAGAGCCACAGUCUUCUCCAAACUCCUUUUCACCCUACACUAUUUCUGGAUUGAACCAUAACAUGAAUGUAAACUGCAUGGAAGUGGGUGGCCUGUCCAUGAAGGACUCUCCUCAGCCUCAGUCGCGCCUGUCACAGUGGACACACCCAAUCUCCAUGGAGAACCUCUCUGGCUGCUCCUCUCCUAUGGAGCCCAACUUCAGCAAGCAUGGUGCCAUCUCUGCAGGCCCCAGUCUGGGUCCCCCAGGUAAACCCACGCUGGAUGACUCCUACAAUCCCUACAAUCUGCUUCCCAGCUCCGAGUCUCCUAACAGCUCCCUGUUACCUCAUGAUAGCUGGGGUCAGGGAAAGAACACAAAUGACAAGCUCUCCAAUGGGACCAAUGCCAGCUGGCCUCCAGAGUUUUGUCCAGGAGUGCCCUGGAAAGGACUGCAGAAUAUUGACCCUGAGACGGACCCCAAUGUUACCCCAGGGAGUGUUCCCAGUGGGCCCACCAUCAAUACCAACAUUCAGGAUGUGAACCGCUACCUGCUAAGAGACAGGAGUGGAGGUUCCACCCCAACUUCCUCACAGGGUGAGGCUCUGCCUCCCUCCAGCGAUUGGCCAGUCACUAGCUCUUUCAGUCUGUCCUCCCAUGAGGCAGCCAGCACAGGGAAGCUGUCUGACAUGAAGUCCAGUUGGUCUCCGGGGCCCAUCUCGCACACCCAGGCUUCUCUCUCUCAUGAGCUUUGGAAAGUCCCACAAGGACCCCGGAACACAACAGCUCCCACACGGCCACCCCCAGGUUUGACCAACACCAAGCCCUCGUCCACGUGGGGCGGAAACACCCUGGGCCUGGUGGCUGGUUGGGGCAGCUCCUACUCUCCAGUAGGUACCACAUGGAGCACAGACAGCUCCAGCAGGAGCACUAGCUGGUUGGUUCUGAGAAACCUCACACCGCAGAUUGAUGGUUCAACACUGCGAACACUGUGCAUGCAACACGGCCCGCUCAUCACAUUCCAUCUCAACCUGACGCAGGGCAAUGCUGUGGUGCGCUACAGUUCUAAAGAGGAGGCUGCCAAAGCCCAGAAGUCCCUACACAUGUGUGUUCUGGGAAACACCACUAUACUGGCAGAGUUUGCUGGAGAAGAGGAGGUAAACCGCUUCUUUGCACAGGGUCAGUCCCUCACGCCCACCACCAGCUGGCAGGCCAACCCCGGCACCAAUCAAACACGGCUGGGGGGCGGAGGGACGGGGGCCACACACCCCAUCGGCCACUGGAACAGCAGCGGUCUUGGAGGAGGAGGAGCGGGCGGGACGGGGUCCGGUGGAAAGGCGAGCAACGAGCUGCUGUGGGGGGGUGUACCACAGUACUCCAGCCUGUGGGGGCCGCCCAGUGCCGAGGACGGCCGAGUGGUGGGCAGCCCCACCCCAAUCAAUACGCUGCUCCCUGGAGACCUGCUGAGCGGAGAGUCCAUGUGACCAUGUCAAACCCCCUAACCGCAGGAAAAUAUGAAACUUAACGAGCAAAAACCAAGCAAAUCAUUUGGCGAUAAUCAACGUCAGGAGGCUGAGGCCACACUUGCUUAGAGGCUGCUGACCUUCUUCCUCUUCUUAUUUGUGUUAUUUUGAUCAUAGGCUUGGGUUUCAGUAUUCUAUAGACUUCUUACGAAGAACCAGGACUAAAAGAGAACCUUUACCGAGGCUUUCCUCUAAUAAGUGAUACCAGUGUGAAAGUGUAUUUUACUACGAACUGAUGAGACAAGCUGCCAUUUUUUUACAAGUUUCUCUGGCACGAGCACAUCCUGUCAGCCCAAUCACAGCAUAUCGCUCACUCCCUGAAGAAACGUGCAUCAUUCCAAACCGGCUUCCCCUACUCCUGUCUUUUAGACUGGAUCCAUGGCUUUUUUUCCAGUUUGUGGAUCGUUUGGAUUAAUGAACAGCACUAAACUUUAGCCUUAACUGCUGAUCAGUCCCACUCCAUUUGUACUCGGAAGAAACUCCUCUUAAGAAUUGCACAUUUUCUCAUUUCUGAGCCAGAACUGUCAUGGUUUUCGAUCUCAGCCACAGAAUACUUGCAUUCGUACUUCCUGUUUCCCUCGGUUGCCAUCUGUCCUCAUAACUCUCGAAAGCACGGACAGUUAUCUGACGCUUCUGCACAUUUGAGGCUUUUAUUCUUAAACCGAGAGGACAUGUGGACAGCUGAGGUAUAUAUUAACCACUGCUCACGAAACAAUUUAUAGGAAACACUUUCAAAUGGACUACUUUCUGUUCACGCUUUAUUUUCAUAAGCCCUCAUUUUCGUUCGUCUGAAGUGCAAUAUAUGCCACAGACUCUUCCGUCCAUCUUUACGUAGUGCUUUUUUGCCGGUGAAACGGUGGGGGGAUCAAAGACUUGUCUCCUGCCAUGUCCACCAAGUGUGGGAUUGAACAGAAGAGGACUCUCUCAGUGUGUAAGCCCAUGGUGAUGAAACAUUCACAAGCACUUCCUCUACACACUCAAGGACAAGUGUGACUACAGGGGCUUCAAACCAAAUAAGAGGUGUUUCUUCUAACCCCGUAGACAAAAUGCAUUUUUUUUUCUCUCGUUGUUGUAGUAUUUGGUACAAAAGUAUGGAACAAAGAAGGCGUUGGUUUCUUCAUAGCACUUAGCAAGAGCGCCAAGCUCCGACUUCAAUGCCAACCAAUUACAAAUGGACUCGUGAAACUGACAAAAAGCAAUCUACCGAACGUCUCCUCCGUGCUCCUUUUUGAACUCUAAACGGAUUUUGCCGUUUCCUUUCUUCUUCGUCUUUCCAUGGUCUUUCGACUUUGAAGUCCGACAUUUCGAAAAUGGUAGCAAAAUUGAAGGGAUGUCUGAAAAAACAACAAUGCCGCACCGAGACUGAAGCAUUCAUGUGUUUUUGUUUUCUUUAAGAUGAUAUAUAUCAAAGUAAAUAUCACUGUUACAGUACUCCAAAAUCAUUAGCCUUUUUGUCUGGAGAUGCUAGACGUGUUGUAAUGUUUCUAAUGGAUUCUACGGGGCCCCCUGCCCUGGAGGCCCCGCCUACCUGUAUGAUAAGUGUGGCCAUUGAGUGCCUAUCUGCUGUGGUGCCUCGGGUGCCCACACUCUGACUUUUGACCCGCUGUGCCAGGCCAGAACGCCUGGGCCGGAGCAGUGGCUCCUUCAGACCUGGCCAAUCAGUACGUACUACUACUGCGCCAGCACUCGACCUCGUCUCAACUUCACUCUCACAGACUCUCUUUUUCCCUCUCAUGCAAAGAUCACUUUAGCUGGAAGUGGACAGGUGCGUUUUAUGUACUUUUUAUAUGAUCGAUUUGGGUUUUUCCCUUCUGGAAUUGCCUUUUUUUUUUUUUGUCAACAUUGCUGUUGUUAUCGAAGUUGCUGUUCUUGAUGUUAUAUCGUUAUUUUACGCUUUAUUGUUUUUCGAUUUGUGUGUGUCAAUGCAGUGGUCUCUAUGGUAGCUGCUCUCACCAGCCCCUCUUGCUGCGCAUAUGCAGAAACACUCUGAUUAAGAGGCACACCUCAGCGUUAACGGUGGCGGCGAUUGAUACCGAGGGUUGUUUUAAGGAUGGAGCGCACGUAGUGGCAAAACCGAAGAGUAAGGUCGAUGGUGCUCAGUUUGUCUUCUGCCUCUCCUCUGCACUUUCCUCCACUCCGAUGGGCCACACACUCACACUGGUGCUUACCACAAAGGGCAGGCAGAGUACACUACUUUACCUGGUCGCCACUUCUCACAGUAAUAAAAGCAAAUGAUAACGGAGACUUCGGUUCUCCACUUCUAUGCAAAGACCGACCGAGAGGUGCAGUUCACAGCCUUCAAUCUGUAGUUCUCUCCAAGUCCACUCUUCAGCUCACCAGGUGAUUGUGAGAAGGCAGCUUCCUUACAGUGUGGCCUAAAGUAAGAAACGGUGACCAGGCCCUCACUGUUUACUCUCUGAAUGAUCUCUUACAUUAUGUACAUGCAGUCUCAGGGCAGCCUCAGAGAGCCCCAAACUGUUUUAUCCUAUUUUUACAAGGAGGGUGUUAUUGCAUUAUCCGAUGUGGCUUUAAAGACGUAAAUUGGUGGGUGAGUGGACUCGGAGAACCUAAUGUAACUAUUCUCAAUCAUAGAUUUAACCUAGACGUGAAUCUGUCAGAGUGGAACUUCUUAUUUCUUGGCAUUUGUUUUAAUGUUUGGUUGUGUAAAGAGCACAUGGAGAUGGAGAGGUAGAAUGCAGGUUGGCACCAAGACAGACAGGUAGCACCUUUUCAUCUAGGAGGACUGCUGACAAUUAAACAGGGAAUCCAGAAUGGUUAGGUGCACUGUAUAUGGUUCACAUUUGGGUACAUGUUUUUUUUUAAACCAAAAAAGGUUUUUGUCUGAUUAAUAUUAAUAUUGUUGAAAAAAGGAAACUUUAAUUCUGUAGUACACUCUUGACUGAAGUGCUUCUCUCUGCAAGCCUUGGAUGCCCUGAUGUGGCAGACGGAUGACUCUGGGGUUGCUGUACUGAUGGUAUUAGAUUCUGUCCUGACCCGAUAGCAGGGGAAUGGUGCAGAUUAUUUUUUAUUUUAUUUCCAUUUUUUUAAAACAGGUCCAGGUCCAUAUAUGGACCUAUUGUAUCAGGAGGCCUGGGGCACAUGACAGUUGAUACCAAGUCUUAAAAGGGGAAAAGGCCUUUCUAGAAGUCUUUUUUUUUGUGUUUUUUUUUAUUUUACACUCGAGUGACACUAGUAACAAUCACUAUUGCCUGUUUUUGAAGAUAUAUAUUUUUAACUGCCUUUUGUCUAAGCUGUACUCGAGACCAUGAAAAACAAACGUCCAAACCGUGUGUAAAAUCCCGAGGAUUGCCUGGCAGACAAGCUAGCUAGCCAACAAGUGCCCGGUCCUCCACUGUGGGCAUAUACUUAUCUAUAGGACUAAUGUACCCCAGCUCAGAUGCAACUUUGUUUAAAUAAGAAGGCUGCUUCGACCGUACAAAAUAACAGGGCCUGGGUGGAGAGAAGCUCUAAGAAACAGGAAUCCUCUUUCUUAGGGUCCUGGCUAGAAUAUGCACUUGCUGGUUUAUAUACAUUACAACUGAAAUCCUGUGUGUGUAUAUAACUGGUUCCCUUUUUGUUUAUUUACCUUGACUUGGGUUUUCAGGCCCGAGUAACCCUGUUUCCUUCUCUCCAUUAAAUUUACCUAGAUGAUAAAAAGCAUAAACAUAUCAAAAUUAUACAAAUGAAAAAACACAAAUACUUGAAUCAAAAGAAGCGCCAAUAAUGUAAUGUGAAACAUUUUUUUGUAAUAGUUUUGUCAUUCAUACACUUCCAAGCUUUUUGAUAAACAUCAGUUCAAACUGAAAAAAAAAAGAAGAAAAAAAACGCAAAGUGACAUGGGUUGUAUGUGAGUGUUUGCACAAGAUUGCGUGUACUGUAUGACGGAUGAAUGCGUUCAUUUGCCUGUGUGAGUGCGUUCAAACCAAUGUAUGCUUCAAUUUCAGCAUCUAAGUUUUUUUUUUCUUUGUUUGUCUUUCUUUGGUUUGCUAGUCAAAAAUAUAUUCGGAUGAGUAUUGUUAUGGUAUUUGUUAUUAGCUUUGUUAUUAGAGUUGCACUGAGUGUCUGCUUCCCCUCAUUCAGCUAAUCGUACAUGAUAUUAAAGUACUAAGGGGACGAGGUGACAAUUCAUGUGUUAAUGUUUACUCAAGGACUUAUUAAGAAAAAUAACAAACAUGUUUUUUUGUUGUUGUUGUUGUUUUAUCUGUACUAUUAUCUACCUGUUAGUGGCUUUUAUUGUGGAAUAAUCCAUGAUAAAGAAAUUUAUUAUUUUGAGUAUUGCACCAUUUUGUUUUUCAGAUGUAUAAUCGGAAAAAAAGAAAAUACAAAAAAAAAUGAUAUAUGAAAUGUGGGGAUUUAUUUUAUUUUUUGAAGAAGAAGAAGAAGAAGAAGAAGAAUUGUGGCCAUAGAUUGAUUUAGAGGGACUUGUAACCCCCCAUGUUACACCAUGAUGAGCUGGAUAGACAUCUGAAGAAGAGUUUCUCACAAGACUCAUUUCAGAGGUGCCUACCUUUUUUUUUUUUUUUUGGGGGGGGGUCGAUAAUGUUUAUAUCUGUUCUAGUUUUUGUUCACUUUCUUAUUUGUGCAAGGCCACCAACAGUUUACAAGCAUUUCAAGAUUUUCUGAAGUUCAAGGAAAGUAAAUUCUUUAAUGGGAUUGUCAUGAGAAGAGAAAAAUCCUGAAGGACAUAUACUUCCAUCAAAUGAAUAACAAGAACACUUUACGGAAUGAAGAUUAUUGUGCUACUUGCAGAACUCUGGGAUUGAUCAGUGUUGUCAUGUUUUUGUUUUUUUUAUUUAUGUUGGCAAUGUUACUUUCAUAGAUUAUCAAAGCCUGAAUUUUAUUUUAUUUGUAUUGUUUUUUGGAAGCAAAAAAAAAAAAAAAUCCUCUUGUUGAAAAAAGAAAAAAAAAAAGAAAGAAGACAAAUGUUCACUAUCUUGCACACACAAAAAAGUGGAUCAUGUCUCAGGAAGGCAAGGGUUCCAGAGUACCAACUCCACGCCAUUUAAUAUUCAUUUUUAGAGAAAGUGGAUAA